CAUCCCAUCAGACAAGGCAAGUCAAUUGGGAGAACUUCUUAAAAAGCUAAGAGUAUUUACCUUCUUCACAGUGGAGGAUACUAAACACAUCAGAAGAUGAAGUUUAAUUCAGUGUGCUUGUGUGUUGCUGGAGUCAUACUUCUCAAUAUAUCAGGUUCAUUUUGCCAGGCAUUUGUAUGUGGCCAAGCUCCGCUUAACACCAAAAUUAUUGGAGGGCAGGAUGCAUCUGCAGGGUCUUGGCCCUGGCAAGUAAGCGUACAAAAUAACACCAAUGGACAACAUUUCUGUGGCGGGAGUCUAAUCAGUCAUUCCUGGGUUUUGUCUGCAGCUCACUGCUUUAAAAGCAACGGUCCUACAAAUACCAUCACGGUGUACAUUGGACGUCACAGCCAAACAGGUUCAAACCCAAAUCAAAAGUCCAGUGGAGUAAUUCAAGUUAUCAAUCAUCCUUCCUAUAUAAGUUCAAAAGAAGACAAUGACAUAGCUCUCCUUCAGCUCUCAUCUCCUGUGGAGUUCAGUAAUUAUAUUCAGCCUGUCUGUCUGGCUGGAACAGGUAGCAAGUUUGGUGCAGGUACUAAGAGCUGGAUCACAGGAUGGGGAACGGUCAAUCCUACCACCAACCAAAUGCCUGAAAUCCUGCAGGAAGUGGAGAUACCAAUUGUGAGUGACAGUGCUUGCAAAAAUGCCUACUUACAGGAUCUCACAGACAACAUGAUAUGUGCUGGAUUGUUAAAUCAGGGAGGAAAAGACUCAUGUCAGGGUGAUUCUGGAGGACCACUGGUAGUUAAGAACGGCACCCAAUGGAUUCAGUGUGGAAUUGUGAGUUUUGGUCAAGGCUGUGCUCAACCUGGAUUUCCUGGUGUGUACUCAAAAGUCGCCAAUUACCAGAACUGGAUUAUCUCUAAAAUAACCAGCGACCAGCCUGCUUUUGUUCAGUUCUCCUCCACUGACUCCAGCGUUACCGCUAGCAAUGACUCAACUAACUACUUUGUAUUUUCUCUGUUUCAUAUAUUUACUAUUAUUAUUCUAUUAUUCCUAUACUAAAAGUGGGGGGAAGUAGGGGGUCUUGUUGUUUAGUAUUAAUAGGCUAUAGUAUUUAUUGUAAAUCUGAUUUUUUUUAAACUGUCAAAUAUUUUUUUCUCUUUUCAGCAAGAGAAUGUUUGCUAGUAUGUAUAAAGUCAGAAUGAAUAGCCAAAUCUUGACUUUUAAUCAGAACUGAUAUUUUAACUGAUUUUCAUGAACUAAUGUUUAUUAAUAUUAAUGCACUGCAGGCACUUUUGUUAUACUUAAUCUUUAAGAUCAAAAUUACCAAAUUACUAAAAAUGUAUUUAACCUCCUAAGACCCAAGUUUUGAGUUGUCUUUUUUCACAUUUCUACCAGAUGUUUUGGGGUUAGGAAGAACCAAUAAAUAUAAUGACCAAAUUGUUUUCUAAGAACAUGAAGCAGUGUUUUUGUCCAUGUUUGUGUACAACAGGUUACAGUUCCACAGAAUUAAGUAUUAUGGUGCAAAAAAAAAAAAAUGUUUACUUUAUUUUUAAAUUAUGUCCACAUAUGUGAACAUUCAGGUCUUAGGAGGUUAACUUGAAUGAGUUUACAUGUUACACAGUCAAAAGAGAAAAAAUGUAUUUCUUUAUGUUGCACUUGGUGUCAUAUGGGCAAACAUAAUAAAAAAUGCUUGCUAAUUAUA